AAACGAUCACAGAAUAGACAAGGCUUGGUUGAGACACCGUGUUCCCAACAUUUCUUGAGCACAGGUCACACAGCUGCAGAGCUGGCAGCAAGCUUUUGUGGAACAAAGCCGGGAUCACAGCCUUGAGAGGUUUGUCUCCUCUGAUGGAUCCUGGAAGACUAGUUGACUAACAUCAUUGCAAUGGACAAAUAACAAGUGGAUGCAUCGAACUUAUAACUUUUGCUCUGAGUGAAUUAAUGGGUAUUUCUACACCAACUCGCCAUCCUGCAAGUGUCAGUUCAUGUCCGAGUAAGGUCACGUUUCGUUUCCCAUGUCAGGUGCUUGAGCAGCAGAGACAUGUCCAAUGACAGCUGCAACCUCCCGUUGAACACGGACACAUUUGGCCUGACCUGUAUCUAUGGCUUUAUCUUCUCUUUGGGUCUCCCCAGCAACCUGCUGUCCCUCUGGGGACUGUACCACCUGGGUCGCUCAGGUGGAGGAGGCUGCCAGCUGGUCUACAUCCUUAACCUGCUCCUGUCAGACCUCCUCCAGCUGCUCACCCUGCCACUGUGGAUCCUUUAUCUUCAAGGUGGGCACCGGUGGCCCUACGGCCAGCCGACGUGUGAGCUGGUGGGGUACGUGUUUUACGUAAACGUCUACGCUAGCGUCAUGUUCCUGUGCCUGAUAGCACUGGACCGCUGCCUGGCCAUUGUGUACCCGCUGAGCAGCCGCAGCGUGCGGACUGUCAGGGUGGCAGCGGUGUCUGGAGUGGCAGUUUGGACCCUCACCUUCCUGUUCUGCCUGAGUGGGUUGCUGCCGUCAGUGUUUGACGCGGACAGACUGCUGUGUCUGGAGCAGUACCCCGUCAGCCCCAGAUACGCCCACUUCAAGAUCACCACAGUGGCCCUGGGUUUCCUGCUGCCAUGCUCCAUCCUUGGCUACACCUCAGCCCACAUUGGAGUGACACUCCGACGAUCUCCUUCCGUCUCUGACCACGAGCGGCACAAAAUCGUGGGCAUCCUAGUCGUGAUCACCGUCAACUUCAUUGUUGUGUUUGGACCCUAUCACCUCGUGGGCGGAUACAGAUUUGUGUCCUUGCUGCUGACUGAUGAGCCCUGUGGAUUUGAGCGUUCCAUUUUCCUCAUCUAUCGCCUGUGCUACGGUCUAACCAGCCUCAACACCCUCCUGGAUCCCCUCUUCUACAUCUUCCUGUGCCCUGACGCCCGGCUAGAGCUCCAAAGAUCCCUGCCUUGUUUGGGAAGGGGUCAAAACACCCGCAAAAAGAUUACCCUCAGUCCUAGAGCUCGCCCAGCCAACCAGAGGGAGAGAGAAACUGGACAUAAUAGCCUUCUGGCAGUAUAAUGUGGUUUCUACCACACAGUUAGUCAAAGCAAGUGUGCCACCCAGUGGUAAUGCAUGAGCACAGUUUCUGUGCAGUGUGAGUUUGAACUCUCAGUGAAUACAUUUGACGUCUUCAAAGUGUUAACCUCCUGAGCUAAAAACAUUCCACUUGUUCAGCUUUCUCAUGAUGAUAUAAAUACUGUUUCAGUAAGACAAAUACAGAAACAUUUGUGUGCAGCACACAGAUCUUAAGGUGCAAAGUCAAACUGUUGCUUGGAUAAUUUACUAUUACAAUACAUCAUUUAGUAAAAAUGGAAAUGGAUGUAUACAUUUUACAACACUUUUUUUAACUGUCAUGUUUACAGCGAUUAAAAUGUAACAUUCAAACACUUGUUUGCUGUCAGUCAUUUUAAAAUAAAAAGGGUGUGUGAAUUACGGAAACAGAAACGUGACUGUGGCUACAGAGUUGCAAGGCAAGUGUCAAACUGCAACAUUACAGUGUUUUACUUCCUUUUCUCUUUCUUUAUUUGUUUAUAAAUGUCACAGCGUUAAAAUGUAAAGGCAUUAAAUGCAUUAAGUGCAAUACUUAAUAAUAAUAAACACAUUCCACUUGUUCAGCUUUCUCAUGAUGAUAUAAAUACUGUUUCAGUAAGACAAAAACAGAAACAUUUGUGUGCAGCACACAGAUCUUAAGGUGCAAAGUCGAACUGUUGCUUAGAUAAUUUACUAUUACAAUACAUCAUUUAGUAAAAAU